AUGUCUGCCCAGAAAGACAACGUGGCCUCUAAGCCUUUUGCGCAGUCCGACGGCCGUUUCCGCCGCCAGGAAUCCUCGUUCCGCGACCGCAUCGAGAAAGGCGGCAAGUUUGAGCCGGAAGUCGGUCGCUACAAGCUGAUCGUGUCGCUCGCAUGCCCGUGGGCACACCGUGCGCUAAUCGUGCGUGCGCUCAAGCGCAUGGACGAGGUGCCCGACCUGCUGCCGGUGACGAUCGUCGACACCUUCCUGGGCGAAAAGGGCUGGUGCCUCGGCGAUGCACAGACCGAGCGCGAGCACGUCCCGGCGUCGGGCCCCAAGAUCCCCGGCUUUGAGAACGCGCGCUACCUGCGUGAGCUGUACCUUGCGGCGAACCCCGACUAUGACAAGCGCCCGACCGUGCCUGUCGUGUGGGACGCCAAGAACAACACGAUCGUGAACAACGAGUCGUCCGAAGUCAUCCGCUUCCUCGACUCGGCCUUUGACGAGUUCCUCCCGGAGGAGGUGCGUGGCAUUACGUACUACCCCGAGGAGCUGCGCUCCGAGAUCGACGCGUUUCACGAGUGGGUGUACCCCAACAUCAACAACGGCGUGUACAAGACGGGCUUUGCGACGAACCAGGAGGCGUACGUCGAGAGUCUCAAGCCCCUCUUUGAGGCGCUACACCGCGUCGACCGCCUGCUCAAAGGCAAGCAGUAUGCGAUCGGCGACCGCCUGACCGAGGCCGACAUCCGCCUCUUUACGACGAUUGUGCGUUUCGACCCCGUGUACUAUUUCCAUUUCAAGUGCAAUCUCGACUCGAUCCGUGGCGGUGCAUUCCCGAAUCUGCACCGCUGGAUGCGCGAGCUGUACUGGAAGAACGCUGCAUUCAAAGACACGACCGACUUCAAGUCGAUCAAGGACCACUACUUUGCGAGCCACGUCAGCAUCAACCCCACCGGCGUUGUGCCGCUCGGCCCCGAGCCGCCGAUUCUCCCGCUGGACAACUAG